AUGUUAGAAAGGUCUUUUAUAGCUGCUCUUGAUGGCAGAGUAGGUAUCUUUAAUAGAUGUAUUUUGGGGUUUUUUUUCACAAAGGUAAUAUCACUUCUCUCUUCUAUAGAUAAAGGUCAUAUAAAAAUGUUUUUUUUGCUAUUGUGAUGGUAUUAAAGUUAUAUACAUGUACAAGUUAGUAUAUGAAUGUCGUCACAUACAUGCUGGUUAAUUAUCAUUUAUUACAAUGAAAUGGUCAUUUAUAAUUUAGGCACUAGUGCUAAUAAUAAUAAUUUUAUGUUUGGUGGAGUAGUGAGAAUGUGACAUCUCGGUCUUUAAGAUUGUAUUUAGAAAGUAUUACAAUUUGCAUGUAAUAAUGAAUUGAUUUGUAAUUAUAGUACUAAUAGUUAUGAAAAGUCUGAUCAAGUAAAGAAGAAUUAGAAAGAAUGUUUGUUUCUGCUUAGGUUUCCAACAGAAAUACCUCCAUCUUUUCAUGUACCUAUAAGGAAUGGAAAUUCUGCCAAUAUGAAUUACACCUUUUCACAGGCCUCACCUGGAUGCAUUGUCCCUCAUGUUCCAUCUCCAAACACUCAUGUCAUGUGGAUGGGAACAUGAAGCUUUACCAUUACAAAUCAUCAGGGCUGUAU